UUCCAUUUAUUAAUUUAUUAUUUUGUUUUCUUUUUAUGUUGUUUUACGAAAGAAAAUGUCGUAAUGGCUCUGUCAGACAGUAAAGUUGUAAAAAGAAUCGAUAAAAUCACAUCCGAGUUAAAAACCUCGACAUCAGAAGAAGAAAGGUUUGAUAAAGUUUCUUCGUAUUUGGAGACUCUUGAAGAUGACGAUGGUACAAAAAUACCUGACUUUGACGAAGAUUUGGAGUGGCUAAACUGCAAGAGCUCCUUGUCUUUUAAAGAACAUCUGAGAGGGAAGAUAUGUGUGCUUGAUUUCUUUACUUAUUGCUGUAUAAAUUGCAUGCAUAUUCUGCCUGAUUUGGAAGCCCUUGAGAACGAACACUCGGAAGUCGAUGGUGUUGUCAUCGUUGGGGUACAUUCUGCAAAAUUCGACAACGAAAAGUCAUCAGCUAAUAUUCUUAGUGCAGUGAUUCGCUAUGACAUUCAGCAUGCAGUUGUCAAUGAUGCUGAAGCCAAGAUGUGGCAUACAUUAGGAGUGGCUUGCUGGCCAACACUUGUGGUAGUAGGACCAUCUGGGGAAAUAUUAUUGUCUCUCGUGGGAGAAGGGCAUAGACAGACAUUGUUACAUUUUGUUGGAGCUGCUUUGAAAUUUUAUAAAGGAAAAGGUCAAAUCAGGGACCACCCAAUUGGUAUUUGUCUGGCCAAAGAUGAGAUACCAAAGACAGGUCUGUCGUUUCCUGGUAAAGUGUGUGUUGACAGUUCAGGCAAGAGGCUUGUCGUUGCAGAUACUGGUCAUCACAGAUUACUGGUCAUGAGUGUUGAAGGUGUCAUACAUCAUGUGAUUGGCGGAGGAGAGAGGUUCCAAAGUGGGUUUCAAGAUGGGGAUUUCAUUGCAGCAAGGUUUCAUUCCCCUCAAGGGGUUGCAAUGCAAGAUGAGAUCAUUUAUGUUGCAGAUACAGAAAACCAUGCCAUCAGAAAGGUUGAUUUGAAUGGUAAAAGUGUAACUACUGUUGCUGGAACUGGACAACAAGGGAAUGACAAGGAAGGAGGUGGUAUUGGAAAAGGACAGCCUAUCAGCUCACCCUGGGAUGUGAUUAUUGGGCCUCCUCCAGGAUCAAAAACAGAAGAAAGUAAGAACGCUGUAUUGUAUGUUGCAAUGGCAGGAACCCAUCAAAUAUGGGCCCUCUAUUUGGAGGAUGGAUCUUGGCUUAAAGGAGGUUCCCAGAAAGCUGGAACAUGUAUCCGUUUUGCUGGAAGUGGAGAUGAAGCCAACCGCAACAACAGCUACCCACACAAAGCUGCCUUUGCACAGCCGUCUGGUCUUGCACUAGCGUUUAUCAAGUCUUCCUGGUCCUUGUUUGUAGCUGACAGUGAAAGUAGCAGUGUUCGUGUUGUUGAUAUUGCAACUGGAGCUACCAAGGCAGUGGUAGGAGCUGACAGAGACCCUAAUAAUCUGUUUGCUUUUGGUGAUGUGGACGAUAAAGGGGUUGACGUCAAGCUUCAGCAUCCUCUUGGAGUAGCUUGGAAUUCCGUGUCACGAGAAUUGUACGUUGCUGACUCUUACAAUCACAAGAUCAAGAAAAUCAUUCCCUCUGACAAGACAUGCACCACUUAUCUUGGUGAUGGCAAGCCCAGCCCAAGCCUCUUGGACGAGCCGGGUGGGUUGUGCAUCAGUCCGGAUGGUCAGCGGAUGUAUGUGGCUGAUACGAACAAUAGUGCUGUUCGCGUUGUCGAUCUUGCCAGUUCUCAAGUCACCAAGAUUACAGUAAUAGAUCGAGAGAGCCAUCGUAGCAGUUUUAAAAAACCUCGGGAACAAACAGAUUGCGGCCAUGUCACACAACGUGCAAUAAAACGAAUAACAUCAACUAGAAUACCUGUAACGCAACACCCUCCAGUGAGCGUGACACCACUGAAAGAGAUCGAGGUCAAGUUGAAUAUUAAUUUGCCAAGCAGUUGUAGUAUCACUGAGGAGGCUAUCAGCAAGUGGCAGGCAUGCUGGCUGAACGACGACAAACAAGGGGAUUCUUCAAAYCAGAACUGUUUCAGUCCACCAUUAGGAGUCUUCACGGCGGAUUCAUUGAGCGCCGUUACCAUAGCAACCUGGCCAGAUGUCCCGACAUCACAGCAGUCCCUUACCAUGCAGAUUGAGGCGUUGGUGUAUUACUGUGAGCCAAGUGGUACAUGUAGGAUGGAAGGCCUGAUAUACCAUGUACCAUUUGUGUCCCAAGACGUGACGGACCAUAAUACAUUGGUGCUCAAUCAUAACCUGAAAAUAUGAGUCUGCUGGGGGCAUCGAAGCUCAACGUCUCUAUGGCUAUCCCAGCGCCCACCUAUGACGUCAUCAUCGUURCCGUGACGACGCCGACGUAAUCUUAGAUGACGUAAGACACCAGCUAGACAUGACCAACGCUUGAAUUGGGGACCUUGACAUUGAUAGAAUCCUGAAUUACCUAAUGAUUAAUGAUAAAUACUUAAAUAUAGUAAUCUUAAUUGUCUGACAUGCUUUGCUGURAAAAAGUAAUCCUUUUUUGACAUCAUGACAUUAUUCAUGAUAAAUAAAUAAAUGGCACGAGGAAUCAUAAACACUUACACACACGGAAUAUUAAUAUUCAUAUCUAGCAUCAAUUUUGUUUAAGAAUCGAAAAGUGACCCCUCAGGGAAAAUUACGUAUGUGGCUUUGAUUCGUAGAAAGCAAUCGAAAAGUAGUAGAAAAAUAAUUUUAAAAAUCAUUAUAUUAAGUGAAGGAAGUAUAUUAGUGUAUUGAAGGCUAAUAAUUUUUGAUAGUGUUAAAUCCAAUAUAUUUAUGCUCGUUUUUUUCACACAAAGGAUGAGUUUGACUUAAGAAAACACAAAUAAAUUAUUAUGAAUCCAUGGUAACCAAAAUAAAUCUGUCUUCACUCUUGGGAAAAUGUCAUUUUUCUCAACUUGAAAAUAGCGGAUUGAAAAAUUAACAUUUAAUAGCUUUUAAAAAGCUGGAAUCAAAAAAGAGAAAAUUCAAUAUUGUGGUCGUUAAACAUGCAGGUUAUAAAACAUACCUGUUUAAAUAUUGUUUGUAAAUUAAUCUUAAUUAUUUAAGAUUGAUUGCUUUUGAGAAUGCGACUUUUGACAAGAAAGAUUUUUGAGCAGUCAAAUUCACCGUAGAAACAAUAACACUCGGUAAUUUUGAUUUCAGCAGAAAGUUUCUAGAAACAGGAAACAAUCUUGGAACUCGGUAGAUGCAACUUUUACAUGGGCAUUGUCUUAAAUUGUAGGAAUGAGAGAAAARAUGGCGACUUUGUGUACGUUUUAGAAUUAUAUUCUACAUUUUGUAAAAGAGUUAUGUAGUGAUAAUGUCAACUUUUUAAUAUAAAAAAACUUCAAAUUAACCGUAAAAACUAAAUUUGGGUGUUCACUUUUUCUUUAGUAAAUGUUGUGCACGCGAUUUGGUAAGGUCUUUUUGGGCUGCGGUUUCUCCGUGGCGCAUGCGCAAUAAAGCAGCAGACACCGUUGGCAAUGAGCUACAGUAUGCUAACACAUAGCUUAGGCUACCAAAACCCAAACAACUAUUAGAAUAUAUUAUUAAAAACAAAGAUAACAGAUAUACAAUGUCUAGUCUGCCACAAUAUAGCUAUGCUUAGUGGUUUUAUACACUUUGGCGGAAACUGUAUCGUUUUUCAUAGCCUGAACUGAGGAAAAAAUAAAAAAUGUUACGAUCCAAA